CUUUAUAAAUGUUUGUUUAUAUGGUACAACUACAACACCCAGGACAGACUCCCGGUGAGGCCGUCUGUGUGGAGUAACCCCCAAAAUGCUUGAGAUUUGUCCAAACUUUUAAGGACUAUGGCACACCUAGGACCAAUGAUCAGAGUAGCAUCAUCAACCCGCAUUGCUGCCCGUUUAGGAAUAACUGUAAAUGCCUUGAAGAUCUCACAAAAUGGAAAUUCACCUAAGUCAAAAGAUACAGAUGACCUAAGUGCAAGCUUUCGACGACUUGGAAUAUCUCCAGUGGAGGCUCAUAUGUCUGCUGCCUCCUCAGUGUCAAUCACCACAUUCAUAGGGUCACUACACAGCACUCAGGAAUACAGACUACCAUCCUUGGCAAAGCCUGUGCGUAUCACUGUUCCAACCUUACACAAUGGAGCAAUAUUAGAGAAAGAUCUUCCACCUAUUCUUGAUAUUGUGGAGAAAACUGAACCACUCAUCAAGAGGGAGAUUCAUGAAGCCCCAUCAGAUCAGGUAAUUGAAAAGCAUGCUGCACGCCUCAUUGUUAUAAGAAGACGGAAGAUGAAGAGGCAUAAGCUGAGAAAGUUACGCAAGAAGAUGAAGUUUGUGUGGCUGAAGGCCAGGCAGAAGAGAGAGUAUCAGAAAGAAAAACUUUUUCAGGCUGAGCAAAUGGCAAAAGUUCGUGACUUUGAAGCUUUUGAUGCAGCCAAUUAUGUAACAGAUGUGCUACGACGUACUAAAGAGAAGCCUAUUCCAAGGUUCUGGAAGGGUAAGAGACUUCCCCAGCCUAUUAUUCAGCAGCUCAUGGAGGAAGAGGAAAUAAAAAAGAAGAGGAGGCAGCAAAAGUAACAUUAUGUUAGAAAUUGUUGUCAUUGCCGCAGUUGAAGUGUUGUUGUGGCCAUUAAGAUCACUGUCACUACUUUAGAACUUUGUAUUUAUGAAACAUUUUAAAAUAUGGAAAGAUUUACUCCUAUACAUCUUUCAUGUCAAUGAAAAGCUUUUUGCUGUCAUGUUUUGUUUUGCAAGUUCAACUGUAUAUAUUGUACAGUAGUCAUAUAAAAAUUAUGGUGAAU